AAUGAGUGAUCAAUCUUAAUACUUGAAUAAAAGUGUUAAAGUGAUUUGCUCAGACAACAGAAUUAUUUAUGGAGUACUAUCAUGUAUCUCAUCACCUUUUUCUAUCAUACUCUAACACUCUGUUUGUACUCAUCCUUCUCCAUUAGAUUUGGAUAUUGAAUUUCAUUAUACUCCAUAAUUUCCAGCUAAAUAUUUUACAAAUGAUUUAUCUAUUAAAGAAGCUUAUACUAAUUUCAAUAAACAUACAGAAGAACAUAAUAAAUUAGAAUUAUAAUAAAAAGUUGAUGAAGCCAAAUAAUUUAAUGAUCUUUUCAUGAAAGAUAAAUAUUAUCUCGGCAGUGUUGUUAUACCUGGAGAACAUAUACAAAAUGUUAUAUUAAUCUAAUGA